GUCAUCCGUCGUCGUCUCUCUCGUUUCAGAGUGGCUGGCUGGCUGGUUGGCUGCCUGUCCAGAUCUGCUUCUGUCCCGAUGGUGGCGGCCAUGGUGAGAGUUCACGGCAUGUUUCGUCUUUCCAGGUCAGCAUCGGGAUCGCGGCACUCCAGACCCGCAGAGCCUUGUCAGGGUGAGCUGCACUUUGUAGAGGAUUCCAAUGCCGCCUAUUACGACUCAGAAUCUGACGAUGGGGAUCGGGACGAGACAGGCGGACGAGUGAUCUCCUCCGACCAGCUGGCCGCGGUUACCGAGGGUCGGGAGGGACGAAAAGUCUCGGGCACGUCGAGGGUCGGGCUCGGGAUCAGGCACGGUGGUGGGCUACAAACUUGUGCAGGCAGAAAAAAACGAGGCGGAGGUAAGAAAAAGGGCGGGAAGGCGAAGGAGGGCGUGGGUAAGAAUAAGAAGAAGGGUAAAGGUGGGGGCAGGAAGAAGAGGGGUGGAGGGAGGGGGCGGAGGAAUGCUGACGUGGCAGCUUACCACCUGCAGGAAGAGGUCACUGCACUGACGCGAUGUCCCAUUUCCGCAGCAGAUAGCUGUUCAGACAACGACAAAAUUGCCCCAUCAGAUGCUGACGUGGCAGCUUGCCACCUGCAGGAAGAGGUCAGUGACUCAGUGCACUGGCACAAUGUGCCGUUGCCUCAUCAGAUGCUGACGUGGCAGCUUACCAAGGCUUACCGACUGACGACUCGAUCCGUGACACCUGAGCUCGCUGACACGUCAUCAAGCUUAUACGGCAACAACCUGAGAGGCCAGCUGCAUGACACGUCAGACUGAAAGCUGAGCUCUCUGACACGUCAGCAACCUGACAAGCCAGAAAUCACACACGUCAGCAACCUGACACGUCAGCCUGACAGCUGACCUAGUAACACUUCCGCAACCUGUGCCACGUCAGCAACUUCACACGUCAAAAAGCGGACACGUCAUCAACCUGACACGCCUGACUGACAGCUUAGCCUGUGCCACGUCAGCAACUUCACACGUCAAAAAGCGGACACGUCAUCAACCUGACAUGUCAUCAACCUGACACGUCUGACUGACAGCUUAGCCUGUGCCACGUCAGCAACUUCACGCGUCAAAAAGCGGACACGUCAUCAACCUGACACGUCUGACUGACAGCUUAGGUCGUGACACUUCUGCAACCUGACACGUCGGCAACGUGACACUUCUGCAACCUGACGCGUCAGCAACGUGACACGUCAGGCGACGCUGCUGGUGCUGAAACGGCAAUCAACGUAAGUGAUUGAAUGACAGACAAGUCGUCAGACUACCUGAAAGGGAAAGACGAGGAAAACCAAACUUCAGAAACUAACCUCCUCCCCCGAAUACAACGCACCCUGAUCAUGAAUGUAUACAGGCUAUGUUUCGGGUCCGGUACCGUGAUGACGAGGGUGCCAAGUACUCGGCCAAAUAGGGAGCGGCUGGAGGAGACAAGACAGCACAACACCAGCGGAUGUCGUCUUUCCGCUGCAUUUCGAUUUGUUUUUUUUUCCCCCUUUUCCGUUCCCUUUCCCUUUCCCUGAGAUGUCAUCUUUGAAUUGACCGGCUCCAAGUAAAUUAAAUUCACAAUG